AUGAGACCCCUGACAGAAGAAGAGACCAAAACUGUUUUCCUCAAGCUUUCAGAAUAUAUUGGAAAGAAUGUGGAGCGCAUGAUCAAUCGAAGUGACGAGAGACAUUGCUUUCGGCUCAUCAAGGACCGAUGUUACUACAUUAGUGAAUCCGUCAUGAAAGCUUCUACUUCCAUCAGCCGAGAUAGCCUCCUGCACGUGGGAACUUGUUUGGGGAAAUUCACAAAGAGUGGAAAGUUCAGGCUGCACAUCACGUCUCUGGAAUAUCUGGCCCAAUAUGCAAAAUACAAGGUCUGGGUCAAACCAUCUUCUGAAAUGAGCUUUUUGUAUGGAAACAAUGUCACCAAAAAUGGACUGGCUAGAAUCACGGAAAAUACCCCACAAUUCGCUGGCGUGGUCGUCUUUAGCAUGUCUUCCAAUAUUCCUCUGGGAUUUGGAGUUGCUGCUCAAUCUACGGAUCACUGUCAAACACUCGACCCCAUGGGCAAUGUAGUCUUGCACCAAGCGGAUAUUGGGGAGUAUUUGAGGGGUCUCGAGGAAGACAUAUUCUAA